AAGACAUCAUGGCUAAAGGAAAUGCAAAAAAUGAAAAGCAUAAGAAAAAAGAAAGAAUUACACGUAGGCAGAAAAGAGAACUUGAAAAAUCAUUGUCUAGUAAUGAUCCCGAAGAUUUAGACGCUCAACUAAAGCAACUUGGUCUUUGUACAAAAAAUAUUACAGGUGAUGGCAACUGUCUUUUUAGAUCUUUAUCAGAUCAAUAUUAUGGACAUGACGGUAAUCAUAAAGCAAUUCGACAAGAAAUUUGUCAAUAUUUGAGAGAAAAUGAAGAACUAUACAAAUUUUUUGUUGAAGAUGAUCAAUCUUUUGAACAUCACGUUGAAUGUAUGUCGCAAGAUGCUACUUUUGGUGGCAACAUGGAAUUGGCAGCUUUUGCAAAGUUAAAAAAAACUGACAUUAAAGUAUAUCAGCCAGGAUUAAUUUAUGUUAUUAAUGGCGUUGAUGAAGAAGAGGAUGAUGAUGAAGAAGAAAGACAGAUUUUACAUAUUGCUUACCAUAGCUGGGAACAUUAUAGUUCAAUUAGAAAUAUAGAUGGACCAUUUUCGGGACCACCUGAAAUUCAUGUUACAGAGAAUAAAGUACAAAAUGAUGAACAACGAGAUGAAACUACUGAAGAUCAAGAAAAUGAAGAAGAAGAAGAGCUUAAUUCAAAAGAAAAAGUAGUGAAAAACGCAUGCCCUGAUGCCAAUAUUAGAAAAAUACGCAGACUAUUAAUUAAAUAUAAAGGCAAUCCUGAUAAAGUGAUUGAUGCCUUAUAUGAAGAAAAAGAAGAAAAAAUAGGAUCAAAAGAAAAUGAAGAGGGGUAUGAUAUUCAUGAGAAUAAGAAAGAAAGUGAAAAAGAACAAGACAAUGAGAUAGUAGAAGAAGAUAAAAAUAUUACAAUUAUAGAGGAUAAAGAGCUUUCACCAUCAAAUACAAUAGUAAAAAAACCUUCUGCAGCUGAACGUAAAAGAGAAGCAAAAAAAAGACAAAAGGAAAAAAAGUUGCAGAAAGAGAGAGAAAAGGCAGCUCGUAAAGCAAAAUAUAAACAAGAAAAGAACACAGACAAUGACAUAGCAACGAAGGCUAUUGCCCAAUCAAUGAAAGAAAUGUACAUUUAAAACUUCCUGCCUUGACUUUAUAUACCUAUUUCAAAUAAAAGAAAAAGCAAUACGCAUAUUAUAGAAUAAUAGAAGAAAAGCAAUACGCAAAUUAUAGAAUAAUAGAAGAAAAGCAAUACGCAAAUUAUAGAAUAAUAGAAGAAAAGCAAUAUGCAUAUUAUAGAAUAAUAAAAGAAA